UAGAAUCAAAUCUUUCAUUAUCAUAAACUCGAUCAAAUCAAAACGAAAUUGAAAGAAAUUUUUUAAAAAAAUGGCUACAAAUCUCAACCCAGCUUAUGCUUAUACAGUUGUUUACGUUAAAGACGUUGCGAAAUCUGUAGCUUUUUAUGCUAAGGCAUUUGGCAUCAAUGUUCGCCGUUUAGACAAUUCCCACAGGUGGGGAGAAUUGGAAAGUGGACAGACCACAAUAGCGUUCACCCCAAUCCAUCAACAUGAGACUGAUGGGGUCACAGGCCAAGUCCGAGUACCUCAUUCCAACAAUGAAAGAGGCCCAAUUGAGGUCUGUUUUGAUUUUGCUGAUGUCGACGCUGCUUUCAAGAUGGCAGUGGAAAAUGGAGCCGAAGCAGUGAGUGAACCGGAGCAAAAAGAAUGGGGUCAGAAGGUCGGAUACGUUCGUGAUAUCGAUGGCAUGGUUAUUAGGCUCGGGAGCCAUGUUACACCCCCUAAACAUUAAUGUCCUAUAACCAUAGUCUAAGGUUACGUCGUGUGAGUCCAUGUAGGUUUGAAGAUGCAUAGUGUGUAAGGAUAGCCUACGCCUAACAGGUUCAUAUGCCAAUAUGUCAUUUACUUCGUAUGUCACUAAAAGUUAUGCUUUUGUUCUUGAGUUGUCUUAUGAUAAGGAAAUAAAUGGAUUUACGUGAAUUGUAAACUUUAUGUUUGGACAUAAUGGUGAUUGUUGUGACUUAUGAUAUAGCGGUGAUAAAAAUUUGUAAGUUUGACA